CCCUAUCAGACUCGAAUACUGCUGCACAAAGUAUACCGCCGUUCUCCUCGUCGUCCAUAUUGUCUACAUUGUGUUGUGGUGGUGUUCCUGGUCGCUGUGGUAUUUGGGGUGUCGUGGAGCAGGCGCAGCUCGUCGGCAAAAGGAUCAGCCACACCGCGCGGCCGCAGCUCAUCCCCUCACUAUCUUCGAUAACCACCUUUUCCCACUCAUCACGACUGCAGUGACUGCAGACACCACCGACGGCGACCGGGUCAGCAAACAUGGCGGAUCCUGCUCGCAAUGGCGUUCCAAGGCGAAAACCAGUCCCACAGUCGAGACAGGCAGCGCCGCUACCGGACAACUGGGCAGCAGAUUUGACGACGCAGUUCCGGCGCACAUUGUCCUCGAAGCGCAUGAACGAGCUGAGCGGCAGGUCCUCCUCCCAACGGCGCUCUUCUGCGCGCAUAUCUACCGAUUACUUUGUCGAUCGAUCACCGCCGCCACAACUACCGCCUCGGCACGCAUACGACGAAGCAACCCAGCUUUUCUCGUCUCCGCCUCCACCAUUACCCGCACGAGCGGCACCGUCUGUGCCUAAUGUCCCCGACCACUCCCACCAAGAAGCAGCGCCUCCGCUGCCGCCGCCACCCGCUUACAGCACGCUGAAGAACCUACCAACCGUACCCACUCCGCCUGAAGACCAGAAAUCGCUUCGCUUCCGUAGCCAACUUUUAUCACUAUCGAAUACGCCGUGCAAAUGGGAGAACCCAGGUCUGCUAGACGAAGCGAUGAGCGUGAUCCCGCUGCAGCGGAUAUACGACCAAGCCCAAUACGAGGCCGACUUCUUCGUUGCCGAAGCCGCCUCAAUGGGCCCGCACAUAACCCCACAAUGGGAUUACCAGGACUGCGUGGUUCGAGCGUUGAUGAAGUGGUUCAAGCGCGAGUUCUUCGAGUGGGUCAAUAACCCGCUGUGCUCGACCUGUCGGACACGGACUGUCGCUCGCGGCAUUACCGCGCCAUUACCCGAUGAGUCUGCUCGUGGUGCGAGCCGCGUGGAACUCUACCAAUGCGCGAACCAGCACUGCCUGUCGUACGAACGAUUCCCGAGGUAUAAUGACGCUUUCGUCCUGAUGCAGACACGACGUGGACGAUGCGGCGAAUGGGUGAACUGCUUCAGCAUGCUUUGCCGGGCCGUGGGCAGCAGAGUGCGGUGGGUGUGGAAUGCAGAAGAUCACGUUUGGUCGGAAGUGUACAGCGCUCACCGUAAGCGGUGGGUGCAUGUGGACCCUUGCGAGGAGCAAUGGGAUACACCUUUGCUUUACUCACACGGCUGGGGCAAGAAGAUGUCCUACUGCAUUGCCUUCUCCGCCGAGGGCUGCUGCGAUGUUACACGACGCUACGUUCGAAGCCCCGCGGAGCAUGCACUGCCACGCAACCGCUGUUCUGAGGGCGUACUGAUGCACAUCACACGUGAGAUCACCUCGCUACGUCGCCGCGACAUGGACAAGAAGGAGAAGUUCCGUCUCAAUGCCGACGACAUGCGAGAAGACACCGAGCUGAGGAAGAUGAUCAUCGAAGCGCUCGCGCUCAACAUCAGCCGGAUACUACCGGGCAGUACCGGUACCCGGCCGAUUGACGCAGACGCGCAAAAAUCGCUGGAAGGCAGACAAUCUGGUACGGUGGAGUGGGUGCGCACGCGAGGCGAAGGAGGUAACCAAACGACCGGACCACGCAAUCAACAUCAGCAAUGAGUACCUGAAGGGUUGACAUGCCACGACGUUAUAACGUAAUCGAAUCUUCUCCGCGAUCUAGCAUGGCGCUUUCUGGAUCUUCCGCGUAGCUUUAUACACCCUGCCGUUUUUUAUAGCACUGUUGGCUGAAGACUUGCUUGGAGUUCUUCGAGUGCGUGGCGCUCAGCACUGGAGCAUGGGCGCUUGCUGUUUGGUGCAUCUGUUGGCGCAAUUGCAGGAUGGCGUUGAAAGCGAGGGGAUUCCACGGAAGGCAGCCUAGUCUACGCGUUGUACGGCUCUUGUUUGUUGCAACGCGGCUAUGAUCGAAGAAGUACCGUUCACUGACUAUGAGAAAGGAGGCUUUGGAUGGUCAAAAUUACUAUUUAUGCUGUAGCAGAUAAGGGGUGCACAAACCCAUCACCAUUUGCAUUCAUCGUGCUUUCGCGAGGAUUGCUCCU